AUGGGCUAUGGCGUGGGUCUAGCAGUCUUGGGCUGGCGGCUGUCAUCGCGGUUGUCUUCUGGCAGCAUCACGCAGGCGGAAACUUUGAUUCUGAUGGCCAGGGGGCCAGAUACGAGGGAUUUAUUCUUGUUCUGCGGUGUGGGGAUUCACAAAGGCAGCCCUUCCGAGCCGCCCCUCAUCAGCGUGCUCUGCUUGAACGACAAAGAGCCCGUUUUCCAACAGGCAGCGCAAGAUGCCCGCGCGUUGUUUCCCAUCUCCAAGUACGACGACAUCUGCAAGGAAUUUGACGCCUCGUACGAAGGUUAUCCUGUGCGUGCCAGCCCAGCGGUGCAGGAAAUCGCAAAGCAGAUGAAACGCCUGGACGAGCUUGACGGCGAAUCGUGGAAUUUUUACCACUUCGUGGUUUGCACAAUUGACGGCAGCCGGGCCGUUGGCGUGGGCAGCAACAAAACCAAGCGGGAGAGGGCAGCCUACACCGCCUUGGCGAUCACCAAACUGCUGGAAAGAGGCUGUGGGCCUGCCUCUGUUUCUGCAGAGAUGAAUGAGCUGGCUUCCAGCAUCCGGCGGCAGUUGCCGCGCCCCGGAGCAAAGCCUGCGCCGCCCAGGGCUCCCGAAGUUCCAAAGGCCUCACAGCCGCGAGCAUCUCCAUUGCCAGUGGACGACCGCGCUGUUCCAGCAGAUCGUGAUGAUCACGACGAUCUUCCCCCCUGGGAGCUUCCAAAGGCCGCGCCGCCCCGGCCUCCACCGGAGGCCCCUUUGGCGAAGAAGAAGGCCAACAAGAUCCCACAGAUACUUGAGGAAGGGGAAGCUGCACUCGAGGAGGACGAGGAUGGCGAGGAAGUGAUUUUGUCGCAGCCGCUUGUCACCGAGCCUCCUGGCUCUGCAGAGGCCCAGGAGGAAGAGCAGCCGGAGCCGCAUGUUGUCAACGGCCUGAAGCAGCAGACGUGGCGGCAAGAUGAUGCACAGACGAUACGGACCACCGGAACUGAUGACAUUCCGCUGGGGACGGACACAGAUCCAUCCAAUUACAAAAACCUGUGGAUGGCCCAGCGAGCAACAAGUGACUAUGCAAAGCUGGCUUUUUCGCACGACUUGGACUGGCGCGUGCUUGACGCUGAAAACAUCGGCUUCACGUACAGCCAGCGGGUGCUCGGCAAGAAGGGCUUUGACCUCGCCGGUGUGAAACUUGCGGUGGACUACUACAGGAGACAAGGCACGAAGCUGUUGGUCAUCGGGCAGCGUGAGAGUCUGGCUGUUCUGAAAGAUGCUGAUGCCGGCAUCGAGGUGAUUGUCGCAGAUAAAAUCGACGAUGCCAUCGUCCUCAAGAAAGGGCACGAAAAAAUGUGCCCUAUUGUUUCGCGGGACGAGUUCCGCAGGGAGCAGGAGGAUCAGCGUCUGGAUGCCGAAGUAAGACAUUGGCACAAAGAGCGGGGCAGCAAGCUGCAGGAGAAAUACACCUUCGACGAACGCGGGAGCUUCUGCCCGAGCUUCAAGUUGGAACGGCCGAUCCUGAUGCAAGAGUGGGACAGGGAGGUGCAGGAGAAGGGUGGCUAUGCCGUGUAG